GCUGUCUGUACUGUGUCUCUGUCUCUUUAUUUAGUCUGUCUUGUUAUCCUGGACAGUGAGGCAGCCUCGCUGUGCUCCGUGCAGAGGACACAGGGAGGGCGGAGGGCUGAGCUGUCAGAGUGACUCAAGGAGAGGUCGGUCCAAUCUACCUGUGUUCUUGUGGGAGCUGUCUGUCCAUCACUGGGGCUGAGCUGCCUGCUACUUGUGGAUUUAUUUCUCUUGUGAGUGACACCUGGGAGAGGUGAGGGAAACCUGAGUGGAGAGGCAGGAGUCUGCUCCCCCUGCUCCUUCCUUCCUGUCUGUGUGGAUGACCUGUGCCCCUCUAGUUUGCUCCGAAGCACCAUGAACAAGAUGAAGAACUUUAAAAGGCGCUUCUCUCUUUCUGUUCCCCGCACUGAGACCAUUGAGGAGAACGAGUUCACCGAGCAGAUCAACCAGCUCAACAUACACCACACACAGGAUCUGACUCCAGACAGGCUGGGUCCUCCUUCUCAUGAUGCCAGUCCUGUGAGUCCUGAACCAACAACACCUGGAGCUCAGUCUCCAUCCCACCUCCAGUACCACAGUAAGGCCCAGCACAGACGUUUCUCUAUGGAGGACGUGAGUAAGCGAAUGUCUCUUCCCAUGGACAUCCGUCUGCCUCCAGAGUUUCUCAAGAAGCUUCAGCUGGAGAGUGAAAACUCUCUGCCCUGCAAACCUCUCAGUCGCAUGUCUCGCCGUGCUUCACUGUCCGACAUAGGCUUUGGGAAACUGGAGACGUAUGUGAAGCUUGGCAAACUGGGGGAGGGAACUUAUGCCACAGUGUUUAAAGGACGAAGCAAGCUAACAGAGAACCUGGUGGCGCUAAAGGAAAUUCGGCUCGAGCAUGAAGAAGGAGCACCCUGCACUGCUAUCAGAGAAGUGUCUCUACUGAAGAACCUGAAACACGCCAACAUCGUCACGCUGCACGACAUCAUCCACACCGAACGCUGCCUCACUCUGGUGUUUGAGUAUCUUGACAGUGACCUUAAACAGUACUUGGACAACUGCGGGAAUCUCAUGAGCAUGCAAAAUGUCAAGAUCUUCAUGUUCCAGUUGAUGCGAGGCCUUUCUUACUGUCACAAGAGGAAAAUCCUGCACAGAGACCUUAAGCCUCAGAACCUGCUCAUCAACGACAAGGGGGAGCUAAAACUGGCUGACUUUGGUCUAGCGAGGGCCAAAUCCGUCCCCACUAAGACUUACUCCAAUGAGGUGGUAACUCUAUGGUAUCGGCCACCUGAUGUGCUGCUGGGCUCAACAGAAUACUCCACACCCAUUGACAUGUGGGGCGUGGGCUGUAUCCUGUAUGAGAUGGCUACAGGUCGUCCCAUGUUUCCUGGAGCCACAGUGAAGGAGGAGCUACACUUAAUUUUUAGACUCAUGGGAACGCCAACAGAGGAGAGUUGGCCGGGUAUCAGCAACAAUGAGGAGUUUAAGACUUAUCUCUUUCCACAAUACAAACCUCAAGGACUCCUCAACCAUGUGCCCAGGUUGGACUUGGACGGGAUUGACCUGCUGUCUGCUCUGCUGCUGUACGACACCCGGGGAAGAACCACUUCUGAAGCCGCUCUACAACACCCCUACUUCCUGAGUCUGGGGAAUAAUAUACAGAAUUUGGCAGACACUGCGUCAGUGUUUUCUCUCAGAGAGUUGCAGCUCCAGAAAGACCCCGGCCACCGCAGCUCAGUGUUUCAGCCUUUAAGAGGAAAGAACCGAAGACAAAGCAUCUUCUAGAGCUCACAGAGGAGGAGGAAGAGAGAGAGAGACACAGAGAGAAGAAGAGGAGCUGCGUUUUUAUGACCACAGCACUCACAAGGCCUACACGCACACACACACACACACACACACACACACACACACACACGUGCAUGAACACACAAACUCAUGUGCACUCACUCAUUUCCAAGCCAGCUGACACACAGGGUUUGUGGAAAUAAUGUGCACUGCACUUGAAAUGACUGAGCUAAGAUAGACACUCUCUUUUUACACACACAGACAGUCAUUUUCAUAAAGGUCCUUCUACUAACUGUUACUGCAUAGUUAUCAAGGUCCUUAUAAGUGAUGACAUAUAGGACUUUAAAAGUGUUUAUUAUAGCAUCAUUAAAGAGUUUAUGGCUAGAUCAUAUAAUUGAAUAAUCAACCAAAACAUAUUAAAAAAGCAAGUAGAUCAUACUUAAUGUGUAUGUAAUUAUAAACAAUAAUAGAAACUAAUGUUUUAGUAACAUUAUUUAUUAGUCUAUAACGUGUCAAUAAGUUGGUAGUAGUGUCUAUAUUUUACAGUCUAACGAUAAACAUGUUUUUGAUGCUAUUCUUAAUGCUUAUACACUCUCACAUAUGUCUUACUGUAUGCAGUAACAUAUAAUUAGCCAUACAUAAGACAAAAAAGGACACAACUUGUUUCAAGGACCUCACUCUGAAGUGUUACCCACAUUUGCACACAUUUGCACAAUCAGCAACACUGAACAUGCUGCCGUUACUUAGUUGCACACACUUGAGGUUUAUACGUUUUCUGCUGACACACACACACACACGACUUAAACCCAAGAUAAAAUAGACCUCUAGGGAAAAAAAAAAAACACUUCUUGGCUGUGUGACAGAAAAGCCUUUUCAUAUACACAAGCUUGUACAAAAUUCUGUUCAGAGCACACCCAGCUCUCCAGCCAGCCGAGGUAGCUACCACAUCUGAAACCAUUACACAGGUGUACAGAUGUAAAGGUUGAGGUGUCAGUUUAAAUCAAAGUGAAGUAUUUUUUUUAAUUCCCCAAAUAUAAACCCCUUCAUUCCCUUCAAAAAAAAAUCAUGAUAAGACACCAAAAAGGUUUCAAGGUAUGCUCAUACUUUAUCCUUUAUACCUGACCCAACUGUUAAGUUACGCUUAUUAAAAUAUAUUUUAUUUAUCAGAUUUUAUCAUUAUGAUAGACUACAAGUUACAACAUUUAAACAUAAUGUGUCCAAAGAUACUAGAACUUGUAGAACACCACAAGCAGUGGCGGAGCAAGACUAUUUGGAUGGAUGACUGAAAUGUGACGGAUGCAAACCUACACAAAUGAAAAGUGUUUAUUUACCCACUGAUCAUACCAACUUUAACAACUAACAUCCAAGUCAGACUUUAUCUUCACGGGUAUCUAAUUAACCUUAAAAAGUAAAAAAAAAAAAAAAAAAAACAGUGACAAUGUUUAAGUCUUCUAAAGUUAAUUCUUUAAGGACUAGAGAAGAACAUGUAUGUCCAAAGUAACAAUUUAAAGUAUAAAGAAAAAUACAUUUACCACACCUAAAUGCAAAGAAAGCUCCGAGCAGCUGCUGCAACUCAACACAACAAGUUUAUCUACAAGUCACACAUCUGUCAAGGCAAACAACUGAUGCUACAAGUACUGUAAGGUUUUGGAGAUGAGGCUGAAAAAAAGUGGUACUGGAUGUUAAGGCCUUGAAUGCUAAUAGACACUUGCUAAAAAGAACAGCCUUGUGGUUGUGUAUCUUUACAAAGAAUUGAUUUAAACCAUCAAAUGAUUUGUUCCACUGUACACUACCUUAAAAGCGAAUUGAGUGGCAUUAAAAUGUCAGCUCAUGCUACAUAUUAGCUCAUGUGUAAUGUUGGCUAAUAAUGGUUUGCUAGUGGAAUAAUAUGUCAGCUUAUUGCUUAUUAGCUAAAUCUAAUUUAAAUAAUUUAAAUCUCUGUCACAAGUGUCCUCAAAGUUUUACACACACAAGAAGCAGUUUGGAAAUAGUAGCAACAUUGAUUUACGUUACCUCCGCUCACAUGAACACUGAGCCUAUCAAACAUACUCAUGUCCACAGACUUGCCUUGCUACGGUGUUUCAACUCAGUGUGGGGUGUUGUUCCAUACAGUGUUAAGAGCUGACUUUCACUCCAGUUUUUGAAGUUGCCUUAGUAAAAUGUGCAUGAUAUCUUGGCUUGUUAAGACUCUAUAUUUGAUCUAGUGUAGCCAAUGUGUUUGGAGGCAUUUGCUUUGUGUGCGUAAUAACUCUCAGUAUGUGAUUUUAAUCGUCUCCUAUAUUGCACAAACCAGAAGUGUCCUCUGAAGCCUGCUCCCUUCCCUUUGUGUCUUAUACCUUACGUGGCUCUGAUCAUAACACAGGAUCAAACCAAAUCCCCUCGAGCCUUGAGCAGUUAACUUGGGAAGUAUGCUCAACAAGUACUUUCUAUUGUAGCAAAUUACUCUCAUUAUAGGACUCACCACUUCCGCUUAUAUUUAGCACAGCUCUAAUGCACCUACUGCAGUGUGUGAAAGAACACACUGUAAAACUGACUUACAAACUGUACAUAUCUGCAGAAAUCAAACUUUCAGUUUCAUCCAGAAGAUGAAAUCAUGAGCAGACUUUUGGCCUGUGUUGCUAAGAUACACUUUUCUCCUCUGUCCGUAAUAUGUCCCGACUCCCUCUUUAUCUCCGACCUCCUUCUCCAGUACAACUGAUGGAUCCACGUGUAAACCAAUGAAAAAGGGUUGAGGCGUCAUAAUAACUGGUGGGAUGUGAUUUAAGUUCAUGUAGUGCAAUAUAAAAGAGCUUCCUUAAAGCCGUCAUUCUUCCAGUCACUAACAUGGUACUGUGCUUUAAGAUAAGCAGAUGUUUAGAGAAAGAGUUGUAAGGAUGCAUAUACAUUCAUAUGUCCAUAUAGAUAAACGGGGGACUGGUCAUUGAAUAUUUUAUUGCAUAUAAUCAGGAGGGUUUGCCUUUGUCAUCCAGAUCAUGCAAUAUUUAAAAGUCAAAGGCAACUGGACUUCUCAUGGCUUUGUUUUAUUUUUAUUUUUUCCACCUGAGAGGAGUACUUGGUUCUGAGGUGUUCAGUCAUUAACAAUGAAACAGCAUUAAUCAGAUAACUAAAGCAUUCAUAAACAGUGGCGUUUUUAAAGUCUGUGGGGGCCCAAGGUAAAAAAAUUCACAGGGGGCCCCUAACCAUCAUUAUGUUAUCAAUAAUCUGAACAGGAAAAUACAACAUGUCAACAUUUAGUUUUAGUUCAGGACUAAGGCUAUGUUUAUCUCGGUAAGAUUGCCAAAGAGCAACUUGACAGGUUAUAAGAUGUUUAAUACCGUAAAUACUUACUCACAUUCUUCAGCUAACAAGUCAACUGUUCCUCUCUUAAUUCAUGUUAAAUUAAUAGAACAAAUGCAGAAUUGUAAUGCUAGCAGAAGAUAGGUUAUUGAAGUGUCUCUUCCCUACAGAUAAGGCAAGACAUGUGCUUGCUUAAAUUUCAUUUUUAUAUUAAUGGUAAUGUCUGACAGACUCAGAGACACACACAGAGAAUUCCUCUUCAUUUUACUUUUAAACAAACUUCUUUUUCUGAUGAAUAAUGCAUGCCAUGCUUAGCAGCACAACACUAGUGAGUGCUGUCAGAUGGGGCCGCCUUAGGGAGAUUUCCUACUGUCAUUGCAAACUUUGCACAUUUUGAGACACUGCUGUGGUUUGAAGUUUAUCAGCCCUCUGGGGGCCCCCUAUACUGGCCUGGGGAGUGGUUGCCUGCGUUGCCUGUCGACAAUCAGCGCCUCUGCUCAUAAAGAUCAGAAAACAGAUUAGCCAGAAGAAAACGACACAUGGUUAAAAGUUUUAUGAUACAGACACCAUAAAAGUUUCAACUUACAGCUACCAAUCUUUUGCUUUUUUUUUUUAAACUUUUUUUUUAUUUCCAGCAGCCUUACAUGCCCACUACAGCGUUAGUGAGCAAUAGAAAGUCUUGACUAGAUCAGAGCCUUCAGUCAGCACUGAGGGAUUUUUGUUGAAGGGCAACAUUUCUAGAAGAAAUACUGAAAAUCCACAGCAGUUAACUAUGAUAAAGCACUUCUAGAUUCGCUGCUGACCGAGACAGCGGCUGCAGUACUUCUGUAGAACUGGUUCAAAUAUGAAAAAGUUAAAUUACAAAGCUAGAUAUGAUUAUGUUUAUCUGUGCCUGGAAAAUAAAGUAUGUUAAAUUAAAUGGGGGGAAUUUAAGGACAUUGAAUAAAGAUGCGUCUUUGAAUAACUUUAUAUCACAAUCCUCACAAUGCUGAUCACUCAAUAUCAGGAAGAGACAAACAUCACAUGUCACCGUCACCAACCUAUAUGUUACCUCGGACGUAGUGACACAAAACUGAUGGUUUAUGUAAACAAGAAAAUAAGCCCUUUGGACAUGCAUUAAUGAAUGAUGAGAUGUCAGAGUAAGGAGGCUGCAGGGGGCUGCAGACGCCCGAGGCAGUUGUUGGUUUGUGCUUUGCUCAAAGGCAUAUCGAUAGAGUCCCAUGUCAAUCCUUAAGUUGACGCCACUGUUUGUCAUCAACUCAACCGAGGACGUUUGGGUAUUUCAUACCACAUGUAUAAAAUGACCAAAUGUCAGUAUUUGACAGCCUGGAAAGAGGACAGGUUGUGCUCCGUGGUUUGUCGACGUCUCGUCCUUCCCAUCAGAUUUGAUCAUAUCAUUUUCACAGACGCAUUAGGUGUCACCCUAAGGGUAACCAUAACAUUUAUUUUGGCCAUUGAAGCUGAAAGCAUCAUAGCACACACUGACAGCAUUUUAGUUUUUUUCUCAAAGGGGUGCUCCUAUAAGUUUGAACAUUCAGAAAUGUGUUUGGAGUAGUUGUAACAGGGUGGAGGACCCAUGAUCUAAAUGAUUGGAUCCACAGAAGCGGGCAGUUCAUCAGGAAAGAGCAAAUAAAUGACGCAUGGAGACUGUUGAGGGAUGGCAGGGGAAUACAAUACCCAGAGUUUGGUCCCCAUUAACAGAGCGUAUGAGCCCCUAAAGUCACACAUGAUCCAAUCAGAGGGAUUUAUGUUUGUGUAUGGAUGAACAGUGCCGGCUAAACACAAGUUGGACGCUGAUAGUUUUUCUACCUCUAGCAGAGAGUAAAGCUAAUGGAAGAAUGAUGUUGUGAAAUCCAACCCUGUUUUGACCUGAAACAAAGAUGAAGGCAACAAGGAGAGAAAUUAAAUUUCAAUCUGCUUGGACCUCAGAAGGAAGAAUAAAUGUGGAUGUUACCCUCCCCCCCCCCCCCCCCCCCCCCCCCCUUCUUUCCCUCAGUGGCACAAUUAUUACUGUGUGUGUUAUAGUUGUGGUAAAUUAAGCUAUUUUAAAUACUGUAAUAAAAAAAAAGAAAUAAUAUAUGUAUUUUAACAAAUGUUUCCAUUUUUCUCAGUGAGGUUUUAUGCCAUUCAAAAUAGAGCACUGUAUUUAAAAUAAAGACUGCAGACCAUGUCUAAAUGUUUUCUAUAAGAUAAGUUUAGAUUUUGUAUGAGAUGUGAUAUUUUGUGUGAUCUGUCAGAACUGUUAUAAAAUGAAAAAUUGAAUGUACUGUGACUGCCAACAAGGCAUAAAAUUGAUUGAAUAAUCAAUUCAUUAAUGAAUAAAUAAAUUAUUGACAUUCUGGAACACA